GUCUUUGGGCUGAGAUCCAUCUCUCUUCCGUGCAGAUCAGAUCUCUUUUCUUCUUUUCGUAGGACCUACUGUCCCUUUGUCUUCUGGCAGACAGACCUGUGCUUGCAGCUCGCAGGCAUCCUGGAGCCAGAGGGAAUGGGCUCUGGGUACCUCGGAUCUCCUCCUCAGGAGUGGGUGACAUUCAAGGAUGUGGCUGUGGACUUUACUCAGGAGGAGUGGGGCCUCUUGGACCCUCCUCAGAAGGACUUGUACAAAGGGGUCAUGUUGGAGAAUGCCCAGAACCUGCUGUCCCUAGGGCUUCCAGUUCCCAGAGAAGAUGUGGUCUCUUAUUUUGAGCAAAAGGAAGCUUCGUGGAUGCUAGACCAAGAAGGCCUGAGGAGUAUCUCUUUAGGUUUGGUGAGAUGUAAUUACAACAUAACCCAGGAAAGAGAGAACAGCUGGUGCAGUGAGAGAAGCACUGAGGGUCUUUUCAUGCCUGUGGCCAUUUGUACUUGA